AUGGCUCCCCAAGACGAAGACAUCCCAACCACAUACCCAGACCCCAUCCACAUCGGCGUGAUCGGCGGCACCGGCCUCGACCACCUCCCACACUUCCGCAAAGCCGCGGUCCUCCACAUCUCCACGCCAUGGGGCCUGCCCAGCUCGCCCAUCACCAUCCUCGAACACCCGAGUCCGAGCACGGGCAAGGCCAUCCCGAUCGCCUUUCUCGCGCGCCACGGCCCCCAUCAUGAACUGACGCCGUCGGAGAUCCCGGUGCGGGCCAACAUCGCCGCCCUGCGCAAGAUCGGCGUGCGCUGCAUCAUCGCCUUCAGUGCCGCCGGCUCGUUGGCCGAGGAGGUCAAGCCGCGCGACUUCGUCGUCCCGGACCAGUGCAUCGAUCGUACAAAGGGGAUUCGGCCGCACACCUUCUUCGAGGACGGGUUCGUGCUGCAUGUCCCUUUUGCGGAUCCGUUUGAUGGCAAGGUCGGCGAUGUGGUCAGGAAGUGUGGCCAUAGUUUGGAGGGUGAGGGCGUGGUGUUGCAUGAUAAGGGGACUGUGGUUGUUAUGGAAGGACCACAAUUCAGCACCCGCGCCGAGUCACGCAUGUACCGCAGCUGGGGCGGCACCGUGAUCAACAUGUCGACCUUGCCCGAAGCCAAACUCGCUGCCGAAGCCGAGAUCGCCUACCAGGUCAUCCUGAUGAGUACGGAUUAUGAUUGCUGGCAUGAUUCCGGCGACGUCACCGUCGAAAUGGUAAUGGGCCACAUGCGUGCCAACGCCCUCAACGCGCGCCGCUUCAUCGCCGCCGUGCUGGACGAACUGUCCAAGGAGGAACACGCCCACCUGGUCCGCGCCACGCAUCUCGCUGGAGCGAGGAAAUUCGGCAUCAGCACGUAUACGGCUGGGCGGAGUGAGAAGGCGCUUGAGAAGCUGGGGUGGUUGUUCGAGGGGUAUUUCUGA